AUGCCGUCGACGACCUUCCAAGACUACAACGUAGACGGCGGCAUCGCCGAAUCGCCUCAGCGGGGGACGCCCUCCGACGUCCGCUUCGCCGACCUGCUUCAGAAGCCCCUCAGCGAGCUGACCUGGUUCGCGCACAUCCCGCUUCCCGACAUUGAGGCAUUCGUCAACCGCUCCCGGGCGACGCGCGAGGCCGAGACGGGGAAAGGUCGGAAGAAGGGGCAUGUCCGGCGGCCGCUGAAUGCCUUCAUUCUCUACCGCAAGUGCUACCGCGAGCGGGCGGUAGCCUUCUGCGAGGCACAUGCGCCCGGGACCGUCGUCAGCCACGGAUCCGUCUCUUCGGUGUGCGGAGCAAGCUGGGGGAUGGAGCCAGAACAUGUCAAGGUGCGGUUCAAGCAGUGGGCGCUGCAGGAGCUGAGGGCAUUUCAGAAAGCGUUUCCGAAGUACCGGUAUCAGCCGCGGAAAGUGGUGCUAUUGGGGGAGGUGGGAGGCGGGGUGGCAAGAACGAGACCGGCUUCUGCAUCUGAUGCAACUGUCUCGCCGUUCGCUCAGCAGUCUCCUCCGGCUCCGCCGCCCUGGUUUGCUGGCUUGGCACAACAGGGAGCCGAGUACCACCUGACUCAGGGCCUCCCUUUUCUUCCAGCCGAACACUUGGACGACUUCACUCCCCAGUGCGGCUGGGCGCCCCAGAUGCCCCUCUACCUUAAUAUCCCGCCCGCUCCUCAGCAUCAUCUCUGCCCCAUGGAUGUCUCGUAUCCUCAAGUGGAACUUGGGGCCCCGGUGAGCAGCCCCGAGACAACCGCAACCCCGAAGGCGACGCUCUCCGUAUGCUCGGACCCUGACGCCGCCAGCGCACAGCAGUCCCCGGAACCGGUGCUCUGCUCGCGCUGCGCAUGCGAGGUAGCGUUUGCGGGCGCCGCCUACAGACGAACCUGCUUUGUUCCCGACAGUCCCGCCCCCGAACUUCCCCUAGAUGCUGUUGUGGCGGCUGACGAUUUCCAGGCCUCCUCCUCCAUCGACACCGCCGCCGGCAACAACAAUCAGUUCGCUGUCUCAUAA